AUGGCUGCGAGUAGGUUGAUGGUGGUGCUGGCGGCGGCCGUGGUGGUGGCCGUCGCAUUGGCGGGAGGCUCGGAGGCGAUAACGCUGUGCAAGAUGAGCGAUGAUCAGCUGACGGCUUGCAAGCCGGCGGUGACGAAGCCGGACCCGGCGGAGCCGACGCCGGAGUGCUGCGCAGCGCUCUCGGCGGCGGACCUGGGCUGCCUCUGCUCGUACAAGAACUCGGCCGUGUUGCCGGCGCUCGGGAUCGAUCCCGGGCUCGCCAUGGGGUUGCCUGCUAAGUGUGGUCUCACUCCUCCCGCCGACUGCUAA